AUGUCUCGCCCUUUGCGCUUUAUUUCCAAGCUGCAGGACCGUCGUGUCCUUGUCCUCGGUGGGACUUCAGGGAUCGGCUUCGCAGUUGCCGAAGCCGCGCUCGAGCACGGCGCCCAAGUCAUUGUCAGCAGCUCCAACGAAGACAAAGUCAGCAACGCGAUUGAACGUCUCCGUAAGGUGGCUUGCCCGCUUGAACCCAAUCACUCAGCCUCUGGCGGCGCACGUGUCACUGGCACCACCUGCAACGUUGGGGACCCGGCUACACUCAACGCCAAUCUGAAGGCAUUGCUGGAGUUUGCUACCACCAGCCGUACACAACUGUUGGAUCAUGUCGUCUAUACGGUGGGAGAUGAUAUCGUCGUGGCAACAUACCGGGAAAGCACGGUUGAGGACCUUCAGAGCCGACAGUUCGUCCGCCUCACAGCACCGGCCAUCCUCGGCGGGCUGCUACCCGACUAUGUGAAUAAGGCACCGACCAGCUCGUACACGCUCACCUCAUCCACCACCGCCGUCAAGCCGCCGCCCUUGUUGACAUCAUAUACCGCGCAGACUGUGGCUGUCCAGGGACUGGCACGUGGCCUCGCGGUUGAGCUGAAGCCAAUUCGCGUCAACGCCAUCGAGAUGGGCCUCACGCCCACCGAGAUGCAUGAGCCCUGGCCGCAGGAGAUGAGGGAUUUUGUCUUUUCGAAGUACAGGGAGGCGACCCUGACAGGGAGUCUGGGCGAUGUUGGGGAUGCGGCAGAACCGUAUCUCUUUUGCAUGAAGAAUGCGUACAUUACGGGCACCUCGAUUGUUUCAGACGGCGGAAAUAGUCUGGUCUAA